AUGGGGGGAUUCACGUCACACGACUUGGUGGCUUACCAAGAAGGAGAAGCUUCGUCCGAGACGGACUAUCGAGGGUCAUUACGAAUGCUGACGGAUAUGCUCACACGUCAACACACGGCGAAGAAACACCGGGGCAAGGUGCUUUUACUGGGUCUGGACGGGGCCGGCAAGUCAACGCUGGCGAAUCACCUCUCACGGAUCUCUAUCGGCCAAGACAUGGCUCUCUACACUUCCAAAGGUCUCGAGCUACCGUCCUACUUGUACCCGGAUCCAACUCGAGCGCUACAGACUGCGAGUUAUCGCGUGGAUACUAGUGACAGGUACUUGCAACUUGUGGAUCUACCUGGACGUCGUACAUGUCGAGCGAAAUGGUACAAUGCAACAAGUGACACUUCGUCUCCCGGUGGUAGCAGUAACAAUCUCAACAAUGUUACUCCCCCCACAGUUGCCAACUUUCAAGCGUCUCUCCCCAUUGUUGCUGCCCUAUUCGUUGUCGACAUAUCAGAUGCCACACGUUUCCCCAUCGUCGCCACAGAACUCGUCCGAUUGCUUAAGCACAAAUCCAAACACAAAACCUCCACAAACACGCAACUAUUUCUCAUAUUCAACAAGAUCGACCACUUUUUGCCUCCACUUCCUGCUGAAACUCCGGGAGAACCGGAAGCCAAAGAGUAUCAGCAACUUUUCAGCAACCACAAGCAGCAACAGCGUGCAGGAAUACGUGAAGCCCGUCGAGAGCUCCGGAGGUGUGUCGACUAUGAGUUGAGAAUGGACCAACGGCGUCAUCCCGUUAACGUGGGAGCUUCAAAUGCAGCCUCGUCGUCUAAAUCCAAGUCGCUGUUCUUCGCAGCCCCUGCAGCUGUAGCUGGUGAACUGGGACCCUCCAGUAAUCAAAGAAGACGUAGUAGUAAUUCCACUGGCGCUUCAACUGUCGCGAAUUCCUCUGCAGUCUCCUCAAUCUUCACGAAUGCGGCCGAGUGCUGUGCCCAAGACCGAGACAGCGUCCGUGCGUUGAGUGGCUGGCUUAAUGAAGAGCUUACAAAGCCACCUCCUCCAUAA